AUGAAUGCAGUCGCAGCAACCUGUAGAGAAGGUUUCAAUACCGCAGUGAAAGCGCUCGGCGGUGGGGGCGGUGGGGACGGGAGACGGGGCGCCUAUAAGAGCCCGGCCGGGCGCCGAGGCUGGCACUCCGCUGCGGCAGCCGGUUCGCACUCGCACCGCUCUCUCACCCUCUCUCACCCGCACACCGGCAGCAUGAAGUUCGCGAUCCUGUCCGUGGCCGCGCUGGCGAUGGUGACCUGGGCGGCAGCCGAGGCGCCGCAGCAGGAGCUGCUCCUGCUGGUGCCUGAACCGGAUCACCGCCUGGUGAAGCGCGGGGUGGACUACGGCGGCCACGGUGGCGGCGACUACGGCGGCGACUACGGCGGCGGCGACGACGACCACGGCGACGACGACGGCGGCCACACCAAGACCGUCUACAUCAAGGUCCCGCACCCGGUGUUCGUGCAGGUGCCCGUGCCGCACCCCAUCCCGGUCCCGCACGCCGUGCCGCUCAACAUCAAGAUCGCCGAGAAGAUCGAGGUGCCCGUCGUCAAGACGGUGCACGUGCCCGUCGAGAAGCACGUGCCCAUCCACGUGGAGAAGCUGGUGCCGUACCCGGUGGAGAAGCACGUGCCCAUCCCGGUGGAGAAGCCCGUGCCCGUCCCCGUGAGCAAGCCCUACCCCGUCAAGGUCCCGGUCGUCAAGUACAUCCACCACUACACCAAGACCAGCGGCGGCGGCGGCCACGGCAAGUGGUAGAGCUGGCCCGGCGGAGCGCUUGCCUUGACGCUGCAGCGGCGGCGCGGCGGGCGCAGCGUGGAACCCAGGCCGGUGUGCCGCAGGGUUCGAAGUCCGGGCGCG